AUGAAUCCUGGCAGGAGAAGUGUGUUUAGUUACAAUUUUAUGGAACCUCAGUUGAAAGCUUUAAAGGGAUUAGGAACUCGUUUGGUUCUGGAUCACAUAAAAGAUUUCAAGAAGGCCUAUGGGAAUCUCCUAGGAUUAUUAGUUGGCUCCAACAAGGAAGUGAAGCUCAACCUUAAGCCUAAGGGUGGAACUCAUUGUUUUACUUUGAAGUUUUUAGUAGAGAAGGCCAUUUUCUUUGUUGAUGUUGGAAGUUGGAAUACUUUCAACAUUGUUUUUUCUUUGCUCACUUAUGCGAUUGUGUUGUUUCCUAGUAUAGAAGACUUUGUGGACCGAGCAUCUAUUCACAUCUUCCUGUCCAAGAAUUCGGUUCCUACGCUUCUUGCUGACACUUACUACUCCAUCCAUGUAAGGAAUCAUAAGAAGAAGGGUACUAUUGUAUGUUGUGCUCCUCUGCUGUAUAGGUGGUUUAUUUCUCAUCUGCCCAACAAGGGUCAUUUCAUUGAGAACAAAGACAAUCUCAAGUGGUCUCAGAAGAUCAUGUCUCUGACAGUUGAAGAUAUUUUCUGUUACUCUAGAUCUUAUGACGAUGUCAAGGUCAUCCUUAAUUGUAGAAAUUUUCCUAAUGUACCCCUCAUAGGUAUAAAGGGUGGAAUUAACUACAAUCCAAGGUUGGCAUUAUGUCAGUUGGAUUACUCAUUGUUAUGCAAGCCAUGUCUCGAGCAUGUGGAGGAGUUUCUUUUAUCUGAAGGGGUUGAUAAUCUAGAGUUGCUAAAGAAGAUCGUCAGAGCUUGGAGGGAGGUUCGUCUUCAAGGAAGGGUUGAGUUAGGGAAGAAGAAUUGGAUUUCCAAGGAAACUUAUACGAAGUGGGUCAAGGAUAGGGUUGAAGAAAUUCUUUUUCCAUUUCCGUCUGAGCCAUCUAUGAACAUCCAACAGCAAAAGGAGUCAUUGCGGCAAGACCUUUUGAGUAGACCGAUUUAG